UUUGAGUCAAGGUCGAAGUCGAGCCGAGUCAAGCCGAAUGAAGUGUCAAAGGCGAAGCGACGCGGACGCCGAUAAAAAAUCACUCGUCGAUAACAUGUGAUCCUCCGGUCCCACUCUCGGAUCUUCCCGCGACGCCGAGGUCGAGCCGAUCAAUUACGCAGACGACGUAUGAAUUUACUCGGCGCAGCCUUUGGAUCCUUUCAAAUACCACGCGGGCAACGGGAGAGCGAGCGGGCGAACGAACGACGACGAGGUGGGGAAUCCGCUUGAACCCGGCCCGGAGGAGGACGGCGCGGGAGCAAACCGGCCGACCGAAAAGCAAACGGGGACGAGCGAGCGGAGGCGCGCGCAGCGCCUCUUUCACUUCACACACCGACACAUCUUCGCGUUCCUGAGGGCCCUCCGGGCGACCUGAGGCGAUCGCCGGUCGCCACGAAUCGGCGCUUGACCAUUCGCCGUGUUCUCCUUACGGUGCACGAUAGCCGCGCUUCGGACGCGCUGUCCAGCGAGUCGAACGCUACGUGCGCCCAAAGUUCCGCGGAACAGGUGAUAGACAGGAAGAGAGAGAGAGAGAGAGAGAGAGAGAGAGAGAUAGGAAGAGAGAGGGGGGGAUCUUCCGCUGCGGCCGCGACCGGUGGAGAUUUUCAUGAAGUUUCGGAGGACGUCGACGCGCGCCCCGCACUCGGUGCUCGAUGCUCGAGGACCGUCUGCCGUUCGAUCGUUCGUCCAGCGUCUCGUGGUGUCCAGCUGACGGACUACUCACCCUUGGAGUGUGGAGCACCUCGGAGCUGCUAACGGUCGUUGAAGACGGAACACAUCUCGGUCUGUCAGUCCGUCGUUUGCGCGACAUUCCGCGAGGACCUGGUUCAAUGCUCGCGGUGGACGAACGAUGACAGAAUGUCGAGCGUGGAGGAUAAUUUUGUCGAUCGCCGUGACGUGGAGGGCGAUCGCAGCCGCCGCGGACGCGAACGCCGCGUUAAUAUCGCCGCACGAAGGAGACAAGAAGUCGUUCGAGCCAAACAAAUACAUCUAUUCGUGGACAGGGCCGAACGCGUUAGCCAGGUCGGCCUUGGUGGAGCGACAGGAAAGAUUGCAGUAUAAUUGCGAGCUGGAAAGUAAAGGCGCCGAUAUCGGCGCGUUGACUCCGGAAUCGUUCAGGAAUAUUCUCGUGGACGACUCGCACGAGUUGCUCUACUGCUACGUGCCGAAGGUGGCCUGCACGAAUUGGAAGCGCGUAUUGAUGAUCGCAAUGGGAAAAUGGGGCGGUGACGAUCCUUUGGUGAUACCGGCCAGCCUGGCUCAUUCUCCGGGUACGUUCGAGCGAUUGAGCAAUUACACGCUGCCUGAAAUAGAGAAGAAAUUGGCGGCGUACGAUAAGCUGAUCGUCGUGCGACACCCGUUGGAGCGGCUUCUGUCAGCCUAUCGGAACAAACUGGAGGCCAAGCACGAGAAGAGCGCCAAGUACUUCCAGAGUCGCUUCGGCAAGAAGAUCGUCAAGAAGUACAGGCCGAACGCGACGGAGGAGUCUUUGAGAAACGGCGACGACGUGACGUUCCGGGAAUUCGUCGAUUUCGUCACCGACAAUUCCGAAAACGGCACGCGCAACGAGCACUGGAGGCCGAUCUACGAGCUGUGCCAGCCUUGCACCGUCAACUACAACCUCGUGAGCAAGUACGAGAGCCUGGUGGAGGAUGCGACGGAGGUCCUCGAGAGGAUAGGCGUCACGUCGGUGAGCUUUCCAGGCAGGCCGCCAAGCAGCGAGCCGACGUCGAGGAAAUUGGACAAGUACUACUCCAGCCUCAGCUACAAGCAGCUUCGAAAGCUGGCGGGUCUGUACAGAUUAGACUUGAGGCUGUUCGACUACUCGCUGGAGGACGUGCUGGGGUUCUCCUUGGCUUGACGUCGUCUAUUAAUAUUUCGCGCGUACGUGCCGCGAGCGGAGCUCGCGCGCUCGUCUCGCGAAUUGCGACGAAUUAUUCACCGUUUUCCUGGAGAAAGAAGACCGGCGAAUUUCUUUCUUCGAUCGGGGAAGUCUUGCAAGUCGCAGCUGCUUCGUGGCUCAUCAGAUGGACAAUCCGACGUUUCGAGGAGCAAAGACUCCGCAGGACCCUUAGGAUCCUGAAAUCAGUGGUUUUUUUCCUUCAAGGUGAAGGAUCACUGUCGCGCCUCGCGAACGCGUGUGCAGGAUGUCCCGGUCCUUGACGACAGACUUUCUCCUGAAGUCUUUGGUGUUCUACCUCGUAUCAUGUAAUAUCGAGUCUCUCUUCGACCCUUUGCCGCCCGCUUUUGUUUUUUUCCGCUCGAGGUUUUUCUCCAGCCGAUCUGUAGAAUCCGACAUUUCAGUCUCGCUUUUUGUCGGCUUCAACGUCUGACUCGUGCAACGCGCAAUAUUCGCAACAAUUCGAGCGAUGUGUAUGGCAAUAUUUUUAUAUCGAGUAUCAAUACAACGUAUCGAAAUAAAAUUCUUGGCUGGAGCGAAACGCAACUAUCGAGGUGGACUCGGCUCGCGAGGGGUUGAUCGACGAGAUGCAUCUUUCAUGUUAAGUCGCGACAAGAUAGUUAAGCUCUAGCCUUAGCGAUAUGUAUAAACAAUCAAAACUAACGGCUACAUGUAACAGGACGUCGGGAGUCACGAGUAUCCUUCCAGAGCGGCCGGAAUGCGAAGCAUUCGAUACUCCGCAGGAUGUAAAUUACGCGCGCCUCUAGAUUGUUCGAUUCGAUCUUCUCAGCUUUUCAGUUCUUUCUCAGCCGGGAAGUCGCGUUGGAUUCGUCCGGAAUUGUUAUUGCGUUCGCACACUCGCGUGACAUUUUUAAUCGUCGCGUCUAAGCUCGCACGGACGCGCUACGCUGUCGGUAGCGCUUAUUUUUAAAGUUACGGUGUUUUAAACAUAUAGCGGGCUCCCGUGCCAAGAAUUUAAGGAUAUUAAGGCGAAUAAAAGAGCUCGUUUUGCUGGUGCCAAGAAAAAAAGUCGCCGGCGAGCUGCGGCGUGACGAGCGGAGUCGCGCGCGUAUCAAGUCGCGCGGAAUAUACCUCGCAACUUUUAUAUCGGCAAUUUAUGUAAGAAGACGAGAAGCGCCGGUCUCUCUCAGGAUAUUCUCUAUUUAUACGCGUACUUCGGCGCACGGUGCGCCGUGUGAGUUCGUAACACAAAAGUUUCGCUUCGCCAUUUACGUAACGCGACAGCAACGCGCGUCGCAACGUGCGCCGGAGUCGCCGCUCUUUUCGUGCGUUGCCAUAUUUGCGUUUACACGCAUAAUCACACGUAUAGAUGAUAUUAUAUUGAUUACGUCGAUUAUUGAUAAUUACACGAUGAAUUAUUGAUGAUACGAUACGCGCGUUGGAAUGCCGACCGUCUCGUAUUUCGCUGCGAGAAAUCUCCGUGGAGAUUUGAAACGGUGGACCCCCCCCAGAGCGGAAGAAAAGGAAAUGCGAAAUGCGAAAAGCAGCACAAUUUUCUAAAAAGUAAAAACAAACGCUCGGGAUUACACUGAGAAAAAAUUGUAUUAAAAUUAAGCAAAUUAUUUGUUCGAAUACGACUGUGAGUACAUUUAUUCAAAUUAAGCGACUAAUUUCUAAAAUGAAAUACC